CAAGAAAUGCCUCAAACAAGGAUCUGAUAAAACGCUUGAUAAAUUUAUCGAGGGAGACUAUGAUGUAUGGACACCGGCAAACAUUACACUUUCCAGUUUUUCACGCGCGAUUCAAGGCAUUUGGAGUUUGUCUGUUUGCUACGAGAGGGGACAAAUCGAUGGCUUUUGCCGCUUUGAGCCCAGGAUGACAACGGCUUUAAGAAGUGGAGGAGAAGUAGAAGAGAGUAUCGAAGAAAAGGGCUACGUUUUGAUCAAAAAAAAGGAUGUUCAGCCUUCAUGGUUUCCAGAUUACGUUGUAUUUAUCAUCGUGCUUCCGUCAAUUGUUUUCUUUGCCUAUAGUCCAGCCUUACUUUGUAUUUUUUCUCCUACACUAUUUAUGGAAAAUGGCAUUCGAUAUAUUGGCCUAGAAAGAGCAAGUCCAGUAAGCAUUCGAGGUUUCCUUGGUAACAAUUUAUUCUCCAAGGAUUGCUCUAUAUUCGAAUCUACUUCAAGGUACUAUAGAGGAAAAAAAUGUAUUUUCCGUCUCAUGUUUAUGGUGUUUUUACUCCUUCUUAUCGCUAUACCUGGAAUUAUUGGUUAUAGGGUGAUGCGUCCGUAUUUGCUCUUUAGUGGUCCAUUUCAUAUAGUAUCCUUAGCCAUCUUCUAUACUAUGGCAGUUUGUUUUUUAUUAUGCCCGCCUAGAGUAUCACCAGAAGCGAAAAAAUGUUUCGCCUGUCGAGAAUUGAAACCUAACCCUCCUUCUCAGUGUUUAUGUGUUGAUCUUCCUCGGAUGAUCUUCAACCACAUGCGAAUCCAACCACUGAUUUUGAUGAAAUGUUGGAGUUGGUUUGUUCAAUGCCUUCAAAGGUAUUUUCAAAUAAUCAAUCCGAAAGGUUAUACACGAUGGGUUAUCCGAGUUCCUUUGUUUUUCAUUUUUUUCCUCACUCUUCCAUUUGCUAUUAUUUUAUUACUUAUAGCAUCGCUGCUGAAACUGGGGAACGGGCUUAUUGAUUCAUGUCCCCAGUAUAUCGUUUUGCAAUCGACUGGCUGGAGGGAGUUUUUGUCCAAGCUGUAUAUGUCUUCUCUGCUUGUUCGUUUACCAGCUUUGAAGAAAUUCGUUCAUUUCAUCGCCGUAUGUUUCAUUUGUUUGCCCGGUUUUGGUGGAUAUAUUCUUUGGACUUCUGCCUUUAUGGGAGUUCUGUUAUGCACUGUUUUAGCCCUUACUAUGGUACUUUUGUUUCCUGAAGAAAGUCUCCCAUAUACGGCCUGUUUUCUUCUUUUCUGUUACCACUUGAUGAGCGCCUACAGCUCAUUCACUAACGGAUACCACGAUCUCUCCCUUGCAAUCUUCUACUGUUAUAAAAAACAAACAAGUGAUCACAUCUCCCAGGAGGAACUGUGCGCAAACGACACAAACGUCACAACCGAUCCUUCCGAAAGCAAACGCAAAAUGGUUAAAAUCCCGAAGGAGCUUUUCGAUAUGGCCUGCGAAGAGGUUAAGCCCAUCAGAGAAGCUCUCUGUUUAUUGUUUUUGAAGGUUGCGUUCAUUUUGACCUUCCUAUUUCUCGUCGUUUAUUUGACAAUGCAGUUACAUGUUGAUGUUAAUUUUGUCACGAAAACUAUUGUAGCAGUUUUUACCGGGUUGUUUCCCAAGAUCGUCUCCAAGUACUUCGAAGGAGAACGACAAAAACGAAUGGAGGCUUUAGCCAUCGAAGAGAAAGCUCCUAAAAUUGUUGAAGCCUACUUGAACAGAGUUCCAAGAGCUAAUCAAGGGCAGGAAAAUUCCGGUGCUGGUACCGAUGAAGUAAGGUUACAAGUUGAUGAAAAUGAAGAGAACACCGAGAUAGUAAACACAUAG